GCAGCGCAGAGUGUGAGGCUCUUUUGUUCGGCUGAGAGGAGGGCCGUUGGCCGGGGCCUGCGGUACGCCGCUUCAAUUUGGGGGUCGACUGCGGCCACCCGCCUUGUUGCUUUCCUGGGCGCCACUCCCCCGGCCAGCCAGACGCGACGCGCCAGCAGCGCGGCACCGGUUCCUCUCGGACUGUUGGGCGCUGCGCUGAGCAGCGUCACCCUUCACACCAGAAAGCUGGCGGGCACCAUGGGGAAGAAGCAAAACAAGAAGAAAGUGGAGGAGGUGCUGGAGGAGGAGGAGGAGGAGUACGUGGUGGAGAAAGUGCUGGACCGCCGGGUGGUGAAGGGCAAAGUGGAGUACCUGCUCAAGUGGAAGGGCUUCUCGGAUGAGGACAACACAUGGGAGCCCGAAGAGAACCUGGACUGCCCCGACCUCAUCGCCGAGUUUCUGCAGUCCCAGAAAACAGCACACGAGACAGACAAGUCAGAGGGAGGCAAGCGCAAGGCUGACUCUGAUUCCGAAGAUAAGGGAGAGGAGAGCAAACCAAAGAAGAAGAAGGAAGAGUCGGAGAAGCCACGAGGCUUUGCCCGGGGUUUGGAGCCUGAGCGAAUUAUUGGUGCCACGGACUCCAGCGGAGAGCUCAUGUUCCUCAUGAAAUGGAAGAACUCGGACGAGGCUGACCUGGUGCCUGCCAAGGAGGCCAACGUCAGGUGCCCGCAGGUCGUCAUCUCCUUCUAUGAGGAGCGGCUGACGUGGCACUCCUACCCCUCGGAGGAUGACGACAAGAAGGACGACAAGAACUAACUCCCGGGCCAGCCCUGUCAGCUCCGGCUGGGUUUCCAGGGAGGGCCGGAGUCCUGCCCGUCCACCGCCACUCAGUGGCUUGGGAAGAUGUCCUUUGAAGCGCCAGUAUCGUUUCUGUGCCCUGCCGCCGCCCAAGGCCCGCAGGGGUGAGUGCGCGCCCAUCUGCACUUUGCUGAGGCGGCAAAGGCCUUCUGUGAAGGACAGACCUUGCAGGUGCGGGCGCAGGCGAGCAAAAAGAUACUGUCAUCUUCAAAGUGUCUCCGCAACCCACAGCCUUCUCCCGAUAGUGUUAACUGCAUUUUUACAGCGUAGCAUGUGUGUAGUUUUUGGCUAUUACUGGUGUAUUAUUUGGGUGGGAGGGGUGGGCGGGGGAAGAUGGGGAGGAUCAUUUUGAUGAAAAUUGGGGUCUGAUUGGGGAAAUGGUGAAACCAUGGACCGAACAACUAAUGAUUUGGUUCUCUGUUCAGAAUAUUUUACCUUCUCAAAAAAUGUCAUUGACACCGUAAGCGAGGAAGGACUGUGAGAGACUAGUUUAGACGCUGUGAAUGCCUGAAAGCCCAAGCCGCGUGGUCCCUGCCAGGGCUGACUGCCGCCCCACGGACCGGGCCGGCUCCUAGGUUACCAAAGCGGCCACUCUGGAGAUGGACACAGACUGAGGUGGGAAGUCCUUUCGGAGAACAUACGUGGGAGACGCUUCUGUCUCAGAGGUGCUAACCCUUAAAUCAGACAAGGACAGUUCCUUUUCCCAUUAGGAAGUCACAUCCGCCGGUCCACCCGCCACCGGCGGAAGUGUUGGCCUCAGGAGGGGCAGCCAGAGUGGGGAAAGGUGUGGCCCAGACUCUUAGGGUGGACAUUUGGGGCCUUGGGAUUUUGAGCUUUGAAUUCUGAAACCAUUAGUGGCAGAGUUCAGUCACUGACAGCACAAGUUUCACUGAGUCCAUUCAAGGGUUGAGCAAUUUCAGAAGCCCUGGUCUCAGGAGAUUCACUUUCACAUUGGAGCAGUGGUUCACUUUAGAACACAGCCGAUUUGGGGGGGAAAAAAUCUUAAGAGUUAACACAGAUACCCAAAAUGCUCUGUCUUCAAUCAUGAGAUCCAGCAGUUCUGGACACUGUCUUGAGCUACAUUGUAAAGUCUUUCUAGGCAUGUGUUAGAUUUCUGUGAAAUUUUUCUUUAAAUGUAAACUUCAUACUACACUGUCAGUUUUUGUCUUAAUAAAAGUAUAGAUUUUUAAUCCCCGA